AUACAUACAGACAAUAAGAUGAAAUCGUAGGAUAUUAAAGCCAUGCAAUGAUCAGCAUGUAUCAGCCUCGUCUGCACCCAUAAUCACCUCAGCCUUGCCGCCGAAAGCGCUUCUCCAACCCCAAACUGACGUAGUAAUAAACAAACUCCCACACAUGUGAAGUGCCUUUUCUUUCCAACCUUACCACAUCUCUCACCCCAAGCCGCACCCGCCCUCAUGUCCCCACUACUAGAAUGGCUGGUCGAGAACGAACCCUCCUUCCGGAAAACACGUCUGCCCUCCCUCUACUCCGAUCUGACCGUCCAGAAGUCAACCAACCCAGAAGGCUAUGCGGCGAACGUGACGGCAUGGGCGUCCGCACUGACACGUGCCUCAUUGGCAGGCCAACUCCCUCUCGAACAGCGCCUCAUCCUCCAGGCCUCAGAUGACCUGUUAAACGCGCUAGCCAGCGCGCAGUACGGUCGGCCGUCAGGCCUAGGCAGCGUGCUGGACGACUGCGUGCGGCAAGGCAAGAUGGUCGACCUGCACGACUUUCUGGCGAGUGAGAAGAGCAUCUACACACGAUCUUGGAUCCCGAGUCCCUGGGCGGUUCUAAGAUGGAGUCUGCGACAAGUCGGGAUCGUGGGGACAGGCAGCUACGAAGUCAACGGUCAUCUGAAGAAGGGCAGUCUAGUACUGGUCCCAGCACUGGAGGAAGUGUGGAAACAUGUUCAACGCCUACGCGACCGGAGCGCGCAGGGUCUGACCGACAGGAUCAUGAGUCGCGAGACGUUCCUGAAAGAGUUGAACGAUCUGAUCCGGGGCACAUUAUCAGAUCAAGACGUGACGGUCCUCCUGCGGUACCUGUCCCGCGACAAACAUGCGCUCAGCUACGACGAUGCCACCAUAAAAUUUAAAGCACCAGCAUCCACAACCCCAGAACCCAUAACGCAUGAAGACCGCUCCAUCGCAAACCUCAAAUCCCUUAUAUCCAAUCUCACCCUUCAAAUCGCCAAUCUAAACACCCGCAUCGCAACACUACAAUCCACAGCCCAAACGUUGGUCAAAAACGGCAACAAAGCCUCUGCCCUCUCGGCGCUACGCUCCAAGAAACUCGCCGAACAAUCCCUGGCCUCCCGCACCGGCACCCUCCACCAACUCGAGCAAGUCUACGCCAAGCUCGAAGCCGCAGCCGACCAAGUCGAGAUCGUCGCCGCCAUGCAAGCCAGUGCCGGUGCAUUGAAGACGUUGAACCACAAAGUCGGCGGCGUCGAGCGGGUCGAGGACGUCCUAGACACGCUGCGCGAGGAGAUGGGCAAGACCGACGAAGUAAGCGGCGUGAUUGCCGAGCCUCUAGACAACACCGCCGUCUUGGAUGAAGGUGAAGUCGACGAGGAGCUCGAGAGUAUGGAGCGCGAAGAACGAUCCAAGCGGGAAGCACUGGAAAGAGCAGAGAAGGAACGCAGAGACGCGCAAGAGGCGGAAGCUACGAGACGGAGAUUGGCCGACUUGGAAGGAAUCGAAACAGAGGCAAGAUCCAAAGAGCAGGCUGCAGACCCUGUCGAGCAAGGACUAUCAAGGAGUAUCGAGAAGAUGCAGAAGCUGCACCUCGAUGGGCGGCAACAACCCCAAGUCGCUGAAGGGGCUUCAUGAAGAAACAAUAAUGACUGAUGACAAACUUGGGAAGGGAUUCGAUUUCGCGGGCAUGCACUUACAAGCUGUGUACCAUAGACUUUUGUUUGGUAUGGUCUGCUAUAAGAUCAUAACGUGUGUGAUACAUGCUA